AUGUAUCAAGCUUACAAGUUAUUUCGUAGCUUAAACAUACGAUUUCGAAAUCUUUUUACCUUGUCGACUGAUCCAAUCGAAGUCAAUUUCUGCUUAAUGUCAAGAGCAUCAUUUGAAGAGAGUUACCGUGAAUUUUUCGGACUAUAUACAGAUCGAAUUCGUUCACUUCAUGUCUCCAAUCGAUUAAUCAUCAACUCAAUUAUUUCAUUCAUACCAAAUCCAUCAUUAUUCACUCGACUUGAAACAUUGUAUCUGAACAAUAUGAACAUAAAAGAUUCGCAUGAACUUUUCGAUUAUUUAUCCCUCUUACCGCAACUUUCCACAUUAAUUAUUUCUUCGAUUAACAAAUGUUAUGAUAAAAAUCUAAUCUACAAUAGCAUAUUUCGUUUAUCAUCAUUGAAAUACUGUAAAAUUUCAAUUAAUGAUACCGACGACACACCACACGGUCUGCUCAUGACUGAAAGUGACAUACUGAGUCCUAUUGAACACUUGGUUAUUGAUUCUUGCAUAUAUCUUCAAGAACUUGCGCGUCUUUUAUCCCAUGUGCCACAUCUUCGUCGUUUAUCGAUCAAAUGCGUCAUUUCAACCUUCAGUUUCUAUCGCGAAACAUUGCGCUUAACAUUGCACGAUCUUACUCAUGUUUCGCUCAAACUCAAGUACAUUAAUUUCGAUGAAUUCGAACCAUUUUUCAAACUUUUUUUCACCAAUCUUCGAGUUUUACAUCUUUCCACACAUAUGGAUAGACAAUUUGCAAAUGCGCAAAGAUGGGAACAUCUAAUCAUAACUCACAUGCCGAACUUGCGCAUCUUCGAUCUUCAACACACAAUACUUCUAUCUGGACCUGUUCAAUGCCGGCAGUUAAUGGAGCCGUUUACAGGUUUAUUUUGGAUAGAACGAAAGUGGUUCUUUACACAUACACACUAUUGCUCGGAAUACCCAAAUGAAGCACUUUUCUAUUCCAUACAACCGUACCGGAGAAAAGAAUAUACGUUGACAGGCGUGGAGAGUCAGUGUAGUUCUUCAGAAAAUCGUUUCGACUCGGUUCGUCAUAUUCAUAUCGACCAUGAACUCGCCAUUGCUAAUCAUUCAAUUAACAUCCCGAAUGCAACUGAACUCACUUUCGGCAAAGAUCUUGACAUCUCGCAUGAUUUCAUUGCAAAAAUCUCCACCAAUAUCAUUCCUCUAUUUGGAAUAACGAAGAUAACGAUCACUGAUUAUAUUUGUUUUACGAACGUGGCGAAAAUGCUACUUUUCACUCCAAAUUGCAAAUAUUUGACACUUCCAUGUUUGUCAUUCAAUGAACAAGCUUCGUUCUCGAACGAAUCAUUUGACAAUGUUCAAGAAUUUGCAUGUAAGAACAUAAUUCAAUGUGUGAAUAUUCAAUCGUGCACACUCGACGAUGUUCAAUUGUUGCUUAAGUUUUUCCGUCGAUUGGAAUAUUUGACUAUAAGUGUAACUCAAGAAGAACUUCAAUCAAUUCUCAAGUGUUUAGUAACUGGAAACGAAAACAAUCGUUAUUUGCACUCGGUAUGUAUUCGAAGUACAAGUGACAUUUGGGAUGAAAAAUUAAUCAAUAUUAUCAAAGAAGUUAGACAAGAAGAUGAAGUUUCCAUCAACAUGAUUUCUUAUUGUAAUAGUUAUCUAUGGUGGUAA